AUGUCUACAUCUAGAUGCAUAUUGUUCGGUCUCUUCGUCGCAACACUCUUCGUAUCUUCUUGCAACGCGGCUGCAAACGCUACGGCGCAGCCGUUUUUCCCCUCGAUUCUAAUCUUUGGCGACUCAACCGUAGACACAGGCAACAACAACUACUACUCACAAGCCGUAUUCAAGGCUGAGCAUCUCCCUUACGGAGUUGAUCUUCCCGGCCACGAAGCGAGCGGAAGAUUCUGA